AUGGGGUCCGGUGACCAGAUUGAGCUACAGGAUUCCCGCAAGCAAUUAAAAGAAUUGCCGACAGAUACAGGAAUUUCGGAAAUACGUUCAUCGCCCGACGACAUUUCGGGAUUGAAAAAACUCCAGGACGACCUCAGGAAGAAGCGAUUGGGGAAGGAAGAAGAAUCCCUGCAGACGGCGACGCCUUUGCUCGAAAAUGCGGCUGCGGAACAGAAGAUAACGACGGGGCACGAGAAACCGUCUGGAGAAAAUCCGGAAAUCCUGGAAAGACUGGAGGAACCGAUCAAACGCGUGAAGAAAGUGGAUGAACUGGGCGCCGCCCAUCUCAAAAUGAGCCGGAACAUCUCAUGAUUUGGACAGAAUGCUUCUGCGCCGAGAACGAGAUGCCUGGCUUUGCAGGAAGAUAAUCGUUACGUCAUCAGAGA